GUCAUGAAGCGUGGUGGACUCAUCGGUGGCCUGGUCAACGAUGGUAACACGUGCUUCAUGAACUCGGUGCUACAGUCACUGGCGUCCUCAGAGACCUUUGUCUCACUGCUACAGGACAGUUCACUCAACGAGAGGGAGUUCUCAUGUGCGUUCAGAAACUUGAUGAAGAAGCUAAACACGAAGCAUUACAAGCAUGGCCAUGAUUAUAAGACAAAUGCGUUGCUCAAGACCAUGACGAAGACACCAGACAAGAACUUCUUGCUCGGUUACAACCAAGAGGAUGCACAGGAGUUCUUCCAGACCCUGUUGAGUGAGCUGGAAUCCGAUCUCAAGAAGAACAAGAAGCCAGAUGAGAAGGCUGUGUAUUCGAGCGCAUUGCCCCAAGAUGCCGUGCUGGGGAAUGCCAAUAUUGGCCAUUUGGGGAAAGUCUACGUCCCGGCUUCUCAGAUAGACCCCAAUCUGAAAGAUGCCAACGACAGAUAUGUGCCUUAUACACUGCUCACGCCGGUCGAUGGCCUCAGUGCAGAGCGUAUUGGCUGCUUGAACUGUGGUGAAAUGGGUGGCAUCCGUUACAGCGUGAUCUCUGGGCUAAGCUUGAACUUACCAAGUGAUAACUACGGAGCUCUGAAACUGACAGAUCUGCUCAAGGAAUGGAUCAAGCCAGAGAUCAUCGAAGGCGUCAACUGUAACAGAUGUGCGUUGAACCAUGUCCUGGAUUACCAACGGGAACAGUUAAACAAAUUGACGUCCAGUGGCUCAUCUUCAACAUUGCUCAUUGACAAGCUGGAAGAACGUAUUUCUCAGAUCGAAGGCGAACUGAAGAAGCCAAUAAUCGAUGACGAUGCCAUCAAGAACCUGUUCACGGAUAACAUGAUGCAGAAGUCGUCCAAGUCUAAACAGAUAUUGAUGUCACGUCCGCCACCUCUGCUUGCAAUCCAUAUAAAUCGGUCUGUAUUUGAUCCAAUGACCUACAGAGUCAGAAAGAACAAUGCCAGGGUGGUAUUUCCGCUGAAAUUGGACCUUGAUCAGUUCGUUGCGGAGCCUGAUGAGAUCAACACCGAUGCCAGACUUCCAAUGUCAAAGAAGACUGUUGCUGAACCUGUCAAUACUGAGCCUGCUGAGGAAGAGGAAGAGGAACAGGAGCGUGAGGACGAGGAAUCGGACAGUGACGACGAAAGCGACGACACAGAGAAGUCCAUCUGCUCUAAACAGGAGUACACUGAGUAUCAGAACCCAAUGUCCAACGAUUCAUUGGAAGGUCCCUUGGUGUAUCAAUUACGUUCUGUCAUUGUGCACUAUGGUACUCACAACUAUGGCCAUUACAUUGCUUAUAGACGUUACAGAGGUGUGUGGUGGAGAACAUCUGACGAGAGCAUUGACGUUGUCAGCGAGAGCGAGGUCCUGGACGCACCUGGCGUGUUCAUGCUGUUCUACGAA